UAUACCAUAGUCCUUUGCGCGCUAAAAAUAUUCAGCAAUCAUCAAUGUCGCUGGAAAAUUAUGUCACGGUGUCUGUUAUCGUUUGGGGUGUUAAACAGUAAUUUCAAGCGUAUUUGUGCAUCUUUAUAGUCAUCGGAUGGAAUAUGUAAUAGGACUGCGGUCCUGUGUCACUCUGACUCGACAGAUCGUAGAUAACGCCACAUGAGUUUUUCAGCUGCUGUUUGGAGUUUGUUUAUUUUGCUGUAGAUAAUGGCACCUACAAAGAUGAAGCUGCGGGUGCGGAAGAAGGAUGGCCCGAGCAAGGCUUCUCAGUCUGUGUCGGCGGAAGCCUCUCCUGACUCCAAGUGUCCCAUCUGCCUCGAUCGAUUUAACAACAUGGCCUACCUCGAUCGCUGCCUGCACAAGUUCUGCUUCCGGUGUAUCCACGAGUGGUCUAAAAACAAAGCUGAAUGCCCUCUAUGCAAGCAACCCUUCAACUCUAUCUUCCACUCUAUAAAGGCUGAGAACGACUUCAAGGAGUUUGUCCUGAGGCCUACUGAAAAUGGUUCCUUUGCCAGCCCCGAUGGACGCAGGUUCCGGUACCGCACCACGCAAACGAGGGAACGCAGGCAGACCCAGCGCAGGACAUCUCCACCUCAGGACAAUGGAGUUUUGUUUGAAGGUCUGGCGGCAUCUUCUGCUCUGCAGCCGGACUCAGGGUUUCAUCGCAUGAUGACAAUGAUGGCUGCUCGUCGGAGGGCGCAAAACGAGGGCAGGACGGUGCGGCAUCUGCGUGAGCAGGAAAUGGUUUCAUUCAGGCGUGCGCUGUACCGCUCGGGUGUGAGGGUCCGGAGUGUGCGGGACGGUGGCCGCUACAGGGAUAUCUCUGCAGCCUUCUUUCAGAGGAAUCCGGCAUGCCUCCACAGGCUGCUCCCCUGGCUCAGACGGGAGCUGACAGUGCUCUACGGUGCACAUGGCUCUCUCGUUAACAUAGUUCAGCACAUCAUCAUGUCCCGCAUCACCAGGUAUGACAUGGAGGACCAGGCGAUCCACGAUGAGCUGCGGCCCUUCUUGUUGACGCGCACUGAUCACUUCUUACAUGAGUUCAUAAGCUUUGCGAGGUCCCCGUUCAACAUGGAGGCGUAUGACCAACAUGCCAUUUAUGACUGUCCUGCACCAUCGUACGAAGAAGGCAGCACCUCUGACUCCUCUGUUAUUGCCAUUUCAGAAGACGAGGCUGGUUCAGUGGAGCUCAGCCAGCAGGCAGUUGCUGUGCCAACCAGCGUCCUGAGCCAGGCGCCAUGGGAUGAUGAAACGCCAGGACCAUCAUACUCCACUACAGAGCAAGUUCAUUCGCUCUUGCCACCUGUCAGUGAGUCAGAGUCUGGAAGCAGUAGAGAGGAAGUAGAAGUGGAGGAGCCUCGAUCCUCAGCACAGCAGGGAGCUCACGUGAAGAGUGAUCCAGCAGUAAAUGAUAGUGGAGAUGUCUCAUCUGAUGAGGAAGACUGUGUUAUUGUAGGCUACGUCAAGCCUAUGGCAGAACGGACACCUGAGCUUGUACAGCUCUCCUCCGAUUCAGAAGAGUCUGAUCACAAUGAGGGCACAGAGGCAGCUCAAAAGCCCCAGCAUAUUCACUUUCCGAGCCUCAGUCCUCCAUCCUCCAUAUGCUCUUCAGCAUCCAGACACAAGUCACCUCAGUCUACUGGGAGAUCAGAGCAACAGGAACGGAACUGGGCUUCACCUGAAAACAAAAGGAGACACUCUCCUUCUCAUAGAGGCAAAGAUGAAGCCUCUGGGGUGAGGGAGAGCAGCAACAGCAAACAUCAGUCAAGUUCUCAAUUAGGGAGACAAUGCCGAUCCAGAGAAAGGUCAAGAUCCAGAAGCAAGGACAGGUCCAAUCAAAGCCACAGCAGGCGCUCGAGAAGCACAGACUGGAGCUGGUCAGCAAGAAGUCCAACUAUAUCUUUGAACAGCGAUAGCACACUCUCCAGGGACAGGAGAUGUUCAAGGUCAAGGAGCAGGGAUUGCUUGCCCUCUAAAGAUGGGUCAUGGAGAAAGAAACGGGACAGAGACUACAGUCAGUACAAACGGAGCCGGGAGAAGUCCUUGUACUCCUACAGCUGGGACUCGUACAGCCAUUACAGCCGUGAGAAGGAGAGGACUGAUGCGCUGUACGUGCAGAGCAGGUCUUACUCCUCCAGCUUUCACGUGAGCCCAGAUUACGGCUCUCGUUCACACAGACGCAGCAGACCCAGGGAGUCCCACCGGAGGGAGAGACGUCGCUCCAGGAGUCACUCCCGGACCCGGUCCAGGAACCAGUCCAGGAAUCGGUCAAGCGGAUCCAGGAGUCACUCCAGGAUUCAUUCAAGGAGCCGUUCCAGGAGUCACUCCAGCAGCAGCUCCCGCUCUGCCCAUCGGAGGGCACGGCAUGAGAAGCCUGGCGGGAAGAGGAAGUACAAGACACGGCAUUUGGAGGACACGGGCAGAGAUCACAUCUCAAAGCAGCAUGUGUCCUCUUCCAGCCUCAAGGAGAAAAGGGGCAGCAGUGAGAGGCACCACAACAGGUCUCGGAAGAACAAGAGCCGGAGCCCUAGUGUAGAGAUCAUAUACGAGGGUAGGGCCACGGGUGAGAGCCGGAAGCGUCACAGGAAAAAGAAGAAACACAAAAAGAAAUGCCGAAAGAACAGGAGCAGCGACAGGGCUGUGCAGAAGUCACCAGUGGUCAUCACUAUAGACAGCGACACCGAUCACAGCCCAGCUGUUGUGCACGAGGUUAUCCCCAGUGUCAUCCCUGUCAGCAACGAAAAUGGGGUUCCCCCCACUGCCAACCACCCCUCUGACACAAGCCUCCUUGAGUCAAUCUUGCAGGAUUUGGAACAGCACUUAAUGCCCAUUGAUCCCAGCAGUGUGGAUGUGUCGAACCCUGAAACUGUUUCUGCUGAAGUCACCUUUGGUGAUAUUCGUGAUGCGCUCCAGAGUGAGAGAAAGCAGUCGUCCCUUCCUGCAGGGGCUGGGACAAGUACCACCAUUGCCAUGGUAACCAGCGAGCACAGCUCUUCAGAGCAGACGGUUUCCAUGACCAGCCCUGACAACAGCAUGGCGAGUUAACUGUCACUGAAACUCUGUACACUGCAAAAAUGUACUUAUUUUUCUGGACUUGCAGAUUACUGGUAAAUAAAACUUUGUUCUUGUCAGGGUUCUU